AGAAGAAUGUUCACAAGCACGUAUACUUUAUGAUUCACAAAACAACAUCAACCAAAUUUUACCAAAUUUAUUAAAUUGUGAAGAUAAUAAUAGCGAAAGUUUAGAAGAUUUGUCAGAUAAAAGUCAACAUACUAAUUAUGAAACAUCAUCAGAUUUUCAUGAUUUUGUAUCCAAUUUCUCUACAGCUUCAGAUACAUUGAGUAAUGAUGACCAAUCAAUGAUUAUAGAGGAAAUCGAAAGGAUAAUAGAACUCACGCAAACUAUAGUAGAUAGCGAGACUGAUUUCCAACCACAAUCAAGAGAAUAUGGUCCUUAUUUCAAGAAUUUUAUGGAGAUGUUGUUUUUUACUUGG